UUUAUCUGUGAUCAACCAUGGGGAAGGUUCACGGUUCAUUGGCUCGUGCCGGGAAGGUGAGAGAUCAGACACCGAAAGUGGCUAAGCAGGACAAGAAGAAGAAGCCUCGUGGCCGUGCCCACAAGAGAUUGCAACACAACCGCCGUUUCGUCACCGCCGUUGUUGGCUUUGGCAAGAAGAGAGGACCAAACUCAUCUGAGAAGUAGACAGAAGCAAUGUUAAUGGGUCUUUAAGUUACAAAGCUAAAGUUUCUUGUUGAUUUCAUUUGUGUUACAUUUUUUUCUGUUUGGAUUAUUAAACACCUUCUUGUGUUAGUGGAAAGCUGGCAUUGUUGUAUUAGAUCUUCUGUUUUCAUAUAUUGGAUUUGAGGUGAAAAUAAAAAAGUCUAAAUUAAAUA